GUAGCUUGCAGUGCUUGCUUAUUCCCGGCGUGGUCCUGCGGCGGGGAGGUGUAGCGGUUUGGGGUGCUGUGGACAGUUUGCUGGCAUUGUAACGACUCAGGGAGACACUGGGACAGACCUUGGAGGGUGACGAUGUGGGCCCCAGUGUCCGGGCUUCCUCCGCGGCAGACGUUGUCAGCCUUGACUGGAGCUGUUCGCUUUUGCAUUUUGGGGUCCGGCGUGGCGAGGCGGAAGGAGGCCUCGCAGUGGAACUGCCGUGGUCUGUCAGACUUCCAUCCUCAGCUAUUGCCCAGUCUGGACCUCAGAGAAUCUCCCUCGUGGGUGUUCAAGUACCGUUCAGAGCCCAGGCGUUAUGUAACCAGUCCGAGACUGGCUGAGACCCUGGCGCAGGUCCUGCGGGGGAAAGGAGAAGACGCUUGCCAGCUAUUGCUGGAGUGCAAUCCAGGUCCUGGAAUCCUGACUCAAGCAUUACUUGAAAGUGGUGCCAAAGUGAUUGCCCUUGAAAGUGAAAAAUUUUAUAUUCCACAUUUGGAGUCCCUAGGGAAAAAUGUGACUGGAAAACUAGAAGUGGUCCACUGUGACUUCUUUAAACUGGAUCCUGUAAAUUGUGGAAUAGUAAAACCUCCCAUUAUGAUGUCAGAGGUGCUUUUUAAGAAUUUGGGAAUAAAAGGACUUCCGUGGACAAAUGAUAUCCCUUUCAGAGUAGUUGGAACAUUCCCAGUUAAAAAUGAGAGAAAGAUACUUUGGAAACUUUUACAUGACAUAUAUUCUUGUACUUCUGUAUAUGCACAUGGACGAGUAGAACUAAAUAUGUUUAUUAAUGAAAAGGAUUACCAGAAAAUAACGGCAACUCCUGAAAAUCCAAAGUUGUAUCAGGCAUUAAGUGUGCUCUGGCAAGUAGCUUAUGAGAUUAAGCUUCUGCAUAUGGAGCCUAGAUCAUCAUUUGACAUAUACUCCGAAAAUGGACAACUGGAAAAGCCAAAGCAUAAUGAAUCAUUAGACCAACCACAACAAAACCUGUGUUUUGUUCAGUUGAUUCCUCGUAGAAAUUUAUUUACAGAAAACUUAACACCUAUUAACUAUGAUGUAUUUUUCCACAUGGUAAGGCAUUUUUUUAUGAAGCGCAAUGCCAAGCUGAUAGACCAUCUACAGUUACUGAGUCCAAUUGAUGCAAUGGAUAUAUUGAAGCAAAUAGAUGCAAAUAAAAAAACAAAAAUAGUAAAUAUGUACCCUCAAGGUUUUAAACAACUUUUUGAAACAAUAGAGUGUUCCAAAGAGCAUUCCUGUAACUGGCUGUAUGAUGACUUCAUGGAAUAUGUAAUCACUUAGGGAAGUGGGCUACCAAGACAUUAUUAGCUGGAGCUCUUUAUUUAUUUGGAAAUUAUGACACAAAUGAAAAAGAACAAAGUUUGAAUAGCUCACAUCUUUACAACAGAAGAUAACUGUUCUUUUGCACAGACUAGGCAAGUCAUUUCUUCCGGAGUUGAUACCAUUAGUAUAUUGGAUUAAAACAAUGGCUGCUAUUUUAUUCACAGUUGAAUGAAAUGAAAACUUUGGAUUAUAUUAAUUUAAAUAUUCCACUUUCACUAUUGAUUUUUGCAUCCUCCCAGGGUUGGGAUGGGGUAUGAGGGGCAAAAGAGUUUGUAUAUUAUUAAGCUUAAAAAGUUAACUGAUUUAAGUGGCUUUAUUUUUUAUUUUUUCAAGAUAUACUAUCAAUUACUGUCAAUUAAAUUAUUUAAAUUUUAAUGUGGUUUAAGUUUUAUUAGAAAUUAAAACAUUUCAAGUAA